AUGUCAUAUUCACAAGUACAUUUUAGUGAUAUGUAAUCUACCUUCAUAAGUAAUUAUAUGGAGAUGGAGGAGCCAGUAUAAGAGAAAGAAUAGUAACUUAAUUGGUGUCAACGUACAUUUGGUCCUCUAAAGAAAGGUGGAAUAAGAAUGAGUAUUAUCAGUUUACUUGCUCCAUGUUUGGGUGUAGGUAUGUUGGGUUUGCCAUGUAUAAAAAUAUGAAUUGUAUUUUAGAUAGAGCAAAAGAAUAAGGACUUUUAAUUGAAUUGUUUUUGAUUGCACUUUGUGGAAUAAUUUCAUGUAUAUCAAUGCACAUUUUGAGUUGGAGUUCAGGUGAUUUACAAUGUUCAUCUUUUAGUGAACUUAUUCAAAUGAGUUUAGGAAAUAAGAUGAAAAGAUUAUUUGAAAUAUUAACUAUUUGUUAAUGUCUAUUGGGAAUAACAUAAAUCUAGAUUUCUUUUCAAUUAUUUAUAUAUGAACUUUUCAGAUAUUUUGAGAUAGUUGUUGAUUAAAGAGAAUUGGCAAUAAUAGUAUAAUUAAUAUUCAUAAUACCAAACCUAUUGAUAUCUUUUCAGAAAACUCUAUAUAAAUUGAGAUAUUUUUCAUUAAUAGGAGUAAUAUCUGUAAUAUAUAUAACAUUCCUAACUUCAUUUGAUUAUUUUGUUAGAGGUUCAUAUAAAGAUGAUAUUAAAAUAAAAUUGAUAGAUUUGGAUUUUAAUAUUUUUACAACUUUUGCAAUGACAUUUUUUUGUUAUUUAUGUCAUUUGUUUGUAUUUCCAAUAAGAAAGGAAUUAUAUAAUCCAACAAUCUCAAGAUAAUCAAAAAUAUGGAUAAGAUAAUCCUUUAUUUGUUAUAUAGUUUAUUCACUAAUAUGUAUAAGUGGUUAUUUAAGAUUUGGGGAUGAUACUAAAUUUUGGAUUAUUAAUAAUUAUCAUGGAGAUUUCUUUUUUAUAGGUAAAUUAGGUAUGGCUUGUGCUUUAUUCUUUGCUGUUCCUUUAAAUAUAUUAGCAUGCAGAUAAAUUAUACAUGAUAUGUUAUUAUCUGAUGAAAUGGAAUACUAACUCAAACAUAAAAGUUUGAGGAUCUAAGCUUAAGAUGGAAAGAUUACUUUUGAAGUAGAUAGUGUUGAUUCUUUUAGAUCAAAGAUUCAUAUAUAUUCAACAUUAGUACUACAAUUUGGUAGUGCUAUACUUGCUUUAAUUUUACCUGAUAUUAAGUAAUAAAUAUAUAUUAUAUUUUAAGUCGUUAUAUUACUUUAAUAGGAGGACUUUUAGGUACAACUAUAGUCUGUCUUAUACCUGUUUUGAUUUAUCUUAGAGAAUAUAGAGAUAAAUUGAAUUAUUUUAUAGUUAUUUUGGAAUUGAUGGGAGUUAUAUUUGGUUGGAUUGGUGCUGUUUAUGGUUAAUUUUGA